GUUUCGUGUCAGCCGCAACAGCAGUCAGCUCCGUAUAGCCUCAAAAAUGCUGAAUCAGUGUUUGCAUACGUCAACAUGGUGACCAUAUUAAAGCUGGCCGUUAUCUUAUUUAUUGUAUCUCUCGUGAAAGGAAUUAUUUAUGUUUGAAAAAAUGUCAGCUAGGAGAUUGUGAUUGUUAGAUUUUGAUUUCGCCAUAUGCCAGCAUCUUUUUUUACGCUUAGUCAUUUAUUUUGAAACGUUAUUUAGAAAUUUUUGUUUAUUUGCGUUUAAAUUUGCGUAACCAUGUGGUGGGGAUGGAGUGAAGAGAAAGGAAUUUCGAAAUGCCUGCACUCAAUAGCAGGAAAUAAUCGGUCAAGGACAAUUGAGAACGGGCUGCAGAGGACCGGCGUUUCAAAACAAACUCGGAGUCAUUCGCCUUCUGCAAGGCUUGUAGCGGAGAUCGUAUUAUCACGGUGCUUGUCUCGUUAGGACACUUAAAUCUGGUUGAAUUAAAACGGUUUAGCUAACUUGAGAACGCAUCUUCUGCACAACUCCCACUAAACGAGCUUCACUGUCAGAUAUGAGCCUCACGCAAGUUCGACAAGUCCAGCCAAUCGUGUUUGACCAGUUUGCAGAUGAUGGAGGGACCAAAUUCAAAACAGGUUGUGUUACCAAGGCCAACACGGCGGUUCUGCAAUUGAAAAUUGCGAUAAAGGACUGCACAUUACAUGAUUCUAGCGACGAGUACCUUCUCAAUUGGCUGAUAGUGCAAGAUUUUAAUGUAACUCGUGCGGAGAAAAUGCUGAGACAGUCCUUGGAAUGGCGUCGAGUAAAUGGAGUGGAUGGAAUCUUACAGUCGUACACGCCCAACGAAAUUAUCAAGAAAUACUUUUCGAUGGGACAAGCUGGGCUCGACAAAUUCGGCAGCCCCGUCUUCGUGUGUUGUAUGGGCAGGAUAGACUUCAGAGGGCUCCACUUGUCUCUUGUCAAAAAGGAAUAUUUCCAAUUCAUUCCAUGGCAGUUUGAAAACUUUUGCCUUUCAAUCAAAGAAGCAGGAGAACGAACCGGAGAAAACAUCGAGAAAAUGACAAUCAUAAUGGACUAUGAAGGACUUGCAUUGAGGCAGUACACUUGCAAACCAGCAAUGGAGAUUGUCGUUGAAAUGAUCAAAGGUUUUUUGUUCCACUAUCCCAAUCACCUUCGCCGAGUAUUCAUUAUUAAUGCCCCGAAAAUUUUCCCAUAUCUGUUCGCCAUGGUCAAACCUUUUAUACCUCAGACGGACAUUCCCAAGAUCAAAAUUUUCGGUUGCGACACUAAGCAAUGGACUUCCGCUUUACUAGAGGAAAUUGACGCUCAUCAACUUCCUGCCUUUUACGGUGGUACUUUAACCGAUCCCAAUGGCGAUCCCAAAUGUCCUAGCAAGUUUAAUAUGGGAGGUGAAGUUCCUUCUUCGUAUUACCUGAGUAAUAACCAACCUGUGGCCAAGGACUACAUGGAAACUAUGAACAUCGGUGCUGGUGGAAGGAAAAAAUUGAAAUUCAAAGUUGACGUUCCAAAUUCUGUGUUGAGAUGGGAGUUUAUAACGGAGGGAGGUGACAUCAAAUUCCGCGUCUACAGCAAGGAUUCUAAAGGAAACGCUUUUGACUUUGUUCCGCUGAGUCGAGUUGACAGUCACCUGGAUAUGGAAGAAGGUGAAAUUACGUGUGAAGAGCCUGGGAAAUAUGUUUUGGAAUUUGACAAUUCGUUCAGUUAUUUACGAACGAAAAAACUGCGCUACUUUAUCGCCGUCGAUCUACCCAGCGCAUCGGUUGAGAUUUAGAACCAACAGCCUAUUUUCUAAAUAUCUAAUAAGUUUCAUAUUUAUUUUAAUUAUAUAAAAACAAAACUUUAUUUAUUGUGCUGUAUGGCCGUAGCCUUUUAUUCAAUAUAGAUCGGCACAUUUCUAUAUG